ACCAAAGUAGCGGAGCGGUUUUUGCGUUUGCAAAUUUUAUUUUCCUUAAACUGCAACACCAUCAAGAAUUUAUACGCUUCUCCCCUUCGAAAAUGUUCUACCAUAUAUCACUCGAGCACGAGAUUUUGCUGCACCCGCGCUACUUCGGACCGCAGCUGAUCGAAACGGUCAAACAGAAGCUGUACACCGAAGUCGAGGGAACCUGUACGGGCAAGUAUGGUUUCGUGAUAGCCGUGACCACAAUCGACGACAUCGGUUCCGGUCUGAUCCUGCCCGGGCAGGGUUUCGUAGUCUACCCGGUCAAGUACAAAGCAAUCGUGUUCCGACCGUUCAAGGGUGAAGUGCUGGAUGCGGUCGUGACACAGGUCAACAAGGUGGGAAUGUUUGCCGAGAUUGGGCCGCUGUCGUGUUUCAUUUCGCACCACUCCAUCCCGGCCGAUAUGCAGUUCUGUCCCAAUGGUAAUCCACCGUGCUACAAGUCGAAGGACGAGGAUGUGGUGAUUGCUCUGGAGGAUAAGAUUCGACUGAAGAUUGUCGGUACCCGAGUGGACGCGACCGGAAUUUUUGCAAUCGGAACUCUGAUGGAUGAUUACCUGGGUCUGGCUUGCAGUUAGGCUUUAAAACGAUCUUACCACGAUAAGUAUAAUUUUAAUUCAAUUGCUUCGACGCUACAGUUUAGGGAACGAGGAUAAUUGUAAUUAUAAGUUCUAUUAUUUAA